UGUCAUAUCAAUAUUUUCUGUUUAUUUCGUGGUUUAGUCCGUUAUUUGUCGUAUUUAUUUUAGUAUAGGAUAACAUCCUAGCUUUAUUUUAAUUUAAAAUGCCGCCCUUAGUCACGCUAGAAAGCGGGGAACUAAAGUCAAUAUUAAAGGAAGAAUAUUUAAAAGUGAAAUCUAACCUCAAAAAUGUUAUACAUUCUUUGAAUUACUGCGGCAUUUGUUUAAGAACUGCUGAAAACCUGCACCAUUUAGAUGCAUUUGAUAAUAAUGAGGACCACGAAUCAUCUCACUGCCUUAUGGAGGAAAAUACAAGUGAAAUAUUCGAAAAACUGAUAAUCAACAAUAUCUCAAGCCAAUACAUCUGCCAGCCUUGCAAUGACGACAUAAAAAACAUCUACAUCUUCUUCAAUAGGCUGAAGAAUUCCACAGAAAUCUUGUCCAGCUAUCUAGAACAGAUGACUUCUCAGAUAGACUCUGUGGAAGAAAUGCUCAACACAUCGACAAAAGGAGAUUUUGAAAACACCAUCAUAGUACUACAAGACCUUGUUAGUAAGGACACCGGAGUUAAAGAUAAGGGCAUGAAGAAAGAGGCAGAUUUAGAAUCGGAUGAUGAUGAAUCUAAAAGUUCUGAUGAUGGAGACUGGUCUUCAGAAGAAGGAUUCGGUAAACUGUUCACAUGCGAAUAUUGCUGUAAAGAUUUUACAAGCAAGGCAUCCAUUGCACAGCAUAUUAGAAAGACACACAACUACAAAAGUUCUUUGUGUCAAAAGAAAGUAGAUUUGUGUUCCGACUGCACAGAGUUCCCUUGCGCUCACGAGAAGUAUUUGCUUUCAAUAAAAACGCAGAGACAAAAGGGAUGCAAACAGCUCAAGUGCCUUGACUGCAAUUACAUCAGUGUGAAGAAAGUAAACCUUCUAGCGCAUAUCAAUAAGGAGCAUUUAAAUAUGUAUCCGUAUUUGUGUGAGGUAUGCGCUCAGAAGUUUUACUCCAAAGUAAAACAUGACUACCACAUGAAACAUUAUCACAAAAGCAAGUUUGUUUGCUCGUACUGUGAUGAAGAGCUUGAAAAUCCCACAAGCCUCGCUCUACAUACAGAAAUGUGUAAGCAAGAGCAACGCAAAUACCGAUGCAAAGAAUGCCCUGCAUCGUUCGAUGUCAGUGAAAAACUUCUCUCACACCGCUCAAAGCAUAUCCUCAAGGUAUCUUGUGCACUGUGCUCGAAAAGAGUCAAGAAUGAACAUUUUUUGCAACGCCAUAUGUAUUACGCUCACCAACAAUCCACAACAAAGAAGGUUAAGACCAAGAUCCCGAAGGCACGGCCUUGUUCAAUAUGUCCAGUAGUGUUACACUCAUUGACUGAGCUAAAGGAACAUCUGAAUUCACAUGAACCAGGCGAAAAACACAAGUGUCAUCCGUGUAAUAAGCUAUUUGACACUCGCAAACACUAUAAUAUCCAUGUGUCCUCUUGGACACAUUUGCGUAAAGUCCAACCAGAUAUCCAGUUCAACUUUAAAUGUCCCGACUGCGAUUUCACUUGCAAAAGCAAUCUCGUCAUGGAAAACCAUAAGAACACAGUCCAUUUGCAAAUCAAGCCGUACUCGUGUGAAAUAUGCGGAAAAAGAUUCACGACGAAUAUCAAUUUGAAAUACCACAUGGACCGCCAUGAAGGCGUUAAGAGGUUUCAGUGUAGUAUGUGCAGUAAUCUGUUUACAACUGCUUCGGGGUUGAAAAAGCACGUUUUGCGUCACCAUUCGGACAAGCGGCCAUACGCGUGUGAUAAGUGCGAUAAAACAUUUGUGUGUCCCAGUGAAUGUAAUCUUCACAAGUUGAGAAAUCAUUCUGAGAAAUCGGUGGCUUGCCCGCUGUGCGAGGCUAAGUUUAGCUCUAUGGCAAACCUGAGAGGGCAUACCAAAAAGGUCCAUUUCAAGACUAAACAUGGAUUUGAGGACUUCAUGAGGUCGGAUGAGGUUUCGCGAGAGUUUUAUGAAAUGUUUAGAGAUCACAGGUUUACGUUCUAGCUAGAUGGUAUAACGUGCGUAGAUAAAGAUAAUGUGAAAAUGGCGGCCAUUCCAUAAGUGGCAGUAAGAAGUGGUUAUGGGUUGCUAAUACCAUAAAACAGGUUUUGCAAUUCACGAAAACGAAAAAAUCUGUAAAAAGUUUCAUGAUAGUUUACGCUUAAGGCAAGGUAUGCAAGAAAACGUAUAAAGUUAAAGUUUUAGACAAACUAUCAAACCUGUAUGUCUAGUCUCGGCGCCCGCCUCUUGCGGAAACUAUCAUGAAAAUUUUGACAGAUAAUGUAUGGAGAUGACAGAAGAAAACCAAAACUUUAUUCGUUUUCAUAAAUUGCAAAACCCGUACUAGAGGCUCUGUACUGCCGUCAUUUUCAUACUUUAUUAGUUCUAUAAUCUAUGUCAUGUCUGUAUU